AUGUCUGCUCAAGGGGGUGAUCAUGUUGAUCAAGAUCCCUUGGGAGCUGAAAUGCUUCGACCUCUCAAGGACUAUUUGCACCCUCCGAGGCAAACUACUCCCUCUUGCAUUGUACUUCCAGUUAACCAUCAUAGAUUCAACUUUAAACCGGGUACCAUUCAGAUGUUACCUACUUUUCAUGGUAUGGAUUCGGAAAAUCCGUACACUCACAUGAGAGAAUUUGAAGAGGUCUGCGGCACUUGUGUCGAUCAGAAUGUCAAUGAGGAUACUGUGAGGCUAAAAUUGUUCCCAUUUUCAUUAAAAGACAAAGCUAAAAUGUGGUUAAACACAUUAGAGUCGAGAUCAAUAGGAACAUGGAGAGAAAUGCAAACUAAAUUUUUAAAGAAAUAUUUUCCGGCCAAUAGGACAGCAUCCCUUCAAAGACAAAUGAUGAACUUUGCUUGUAAACCCACCGAGUCAUUUGCUCAAGCUUGGGAUCGUUUCAAAGAUCUACUUCUUACUUGCCCACAUCAUGCUUUUGAGCAGUGGCGGGUGGUUAGUUUUUUUCAUGAUGCCUUAACCCCUAACCUUAAGAUGUUAGUGUCGACCAUGUGCAAUGGUGAAUUUUAUGAGAAGACACCUGAAGAAGCUUUUCACUUUUUCGACACUUUAGCUGAGAAUACUAGGAAUUGGGAGGUAAGUCCAUUGUCUUUGGAAGACUCAAGAGAGCAUGUCAGUCCACAACCUCGAGGAAAAUUUCAAAUAAGUGAAAGUGAUAACAUCAAUGCCCGGUUAACAGCAUUAACAAAGAAGAUGGAAGAAUUAGAGUUAAAAAAAACCAAGGCCGUCCAUGAGGUGGAAGUCCUUUGCGUGGUUUGUGAGACGAAUGGCCAUAUGACAGAAGAUUGUCCUACCAUUCCUGCUUUUAAAGAGGUCCUCUAUGGCCAAGCAUCUGGAGUACAACCACGUCAGACAGAGGGGUACAAUCCUAAUUCCAAUACAUACCACCCCAACUCCCGUAAUCACCCUAAUUUUUCAUGGAGAAAUGAUUCUGCCGCCCAACCCCAUGCACCAUUCCCCUCACAGCCACAGUCUUACCAACCAAACCAAGGGUCAUCUGGUGCAUAUCAACCUCCUCAUAAGAGAUCUCUAGAGGACACCCUACAACAAUUCAUGCAAGGUCAAAUAGGAACUAAUACCCAAGUAGCCAAGUUUCAAGAACAAACAAAUAGGGCUCUAGAAGACAUGAGAAGUCAGCUAACUAAGUUGACUCAGACCUUGAGUGUUAGAGAACCAGGAAAGUUUCCCUCACAACCAAGUCCGAACCCCGUAGGUCAAGCCCAUAGAGCCGAAGGGUCAUCUAGUGAGAAUCAUGAACAAGUCCAGUCUGUCACUGUCCUUAGGAGUGGGAAAGUAAUUGAGAAACCUAAGGACCCUAGGACAAUGAUAAACAUUCCUUUAUUGGAUGCAAUUAAGCAAACACCUUCGUAUGCUAAGUUUUUGAAGGAUCUCUGUACAGUCAAAAGAAAAAUCAAUGUGCGGGAAAAAGCAUUCUUAACAGAACAAGAAAAUGCGAAACCUGUAAGGCAAAUGCAAAGGCGUUUGAACCCGAACAUGAAAGAAGUUGUCCGGGGAGAGGUUCUUAAACUGUUAGAUGCAGGUAUCAUCUACCCCAUCUCAGAUUCCAAAUGGGUCAGUCCGACUCAAGUUGUACCUAAGAAGUCAGGAGUCACUGUGAUAGCAAAUGAGAACAAUGAGCUCAUCCCUACGCGCAUCCAGACUGGAUGGCGUAUGUGCAUUGAUUAUAGGAAGCUCAACUCUGUGACAAGGAAGGAUCAUUUUCCGCUUCCAUUUCUAGAUCAAGUCUUAGAGAGAAUAGCGGGACAUGCCUUCUACUGCUUCUUGGAUGGGUACUCUGGGUAUAAUCAAAUAGAAAUUGCGUUAGAGGAUCAGGAGAAGACCACAUUCACUUGUCCAUUUGGGACAUUUGCUUACAGACGAAUGCCAUUCGGUCUAUGCAAUGCCCCUGCAACAUUUCAAAGAUGCGUGAUGAGCAUUUUUAGUGAAUUGGUAGAGAAUGUGGUGGAAGUUUUCAUGGAUGACUUCUCAGUGUAUGGAGAUAGCUUUAAUAGUUGUCUGAAAAAUUUAGAAAGAGUCUUAGAGAGGUGCAAGGAAACGCAUUUAGUGCUAAAUUGGGAGAAGUGCCACUUCAUGGUCACUCAAGGAAGUGUCUUAGGACACAUUGUUUCUUCUAAGGGUAUUGAGGUCGAUCAGUUUAAGGUUGAAUUAAUUCAAAAAUUACCCGCCCCAAAGAAUGUGAGGGAUGUUAGGUCUUUUCUUGGCCAUGCUGGUUUUUAUAGGCGCUUUAUUGCUUCAUUCAGUACCAUAGCCAAACCUUUAUGUCGCCUUUUAGUCCUAGACAUGCCCUUUGAGUGGACCAGUAAGUGUCAAGCUGCUUUUGAGAAAUUAAAAAACUCACUUGUUUCUGCACCUAUCAUUCAGUCCCCUGAUUGGUCCCUACCAUUUGAGCUGAUGUGUGACGCCAGUGAUUACGCGAUAGGAGCCGUGUUAGGUCAGAGGAAAGACAAGAAACCUUAUGUGAUAUAUUACGCUAGCAAAACUCUUAAUGAGGCUCAAAAGAACUACACCACGACAGAGAAAGAGUUGCUAGCAGUUGUCUACGCCCUAGACAAAUUCCGGUCUUACCUCGUGGGGUCACUGGUGAUUGUUUUUACUGACCAUGCUGCUCUUAAAUAUUUAUUAACAAAGCAAGAUGCAAAACCCCGUCUCCUUAGAUGGAUCUUAUUGUUACAAGAAUUCCAUAUCGAGAUCAGAGACAAAAAAAGGGUAGAAAAUGUGGUAGCCGAUCACUUGUCUCGUCUACCAUGCCAAAAUCUUAAUCAAUUUGAAAACCCAAUCCAAGAUUCCUUUCCUGACGAACAAUUGUUUCAAACAAACACUCAAACUGAACCACUCACCUUUCCAUGGUACGCUGAUAUAGCAAAUUAUCUAGUCACUAGACAGAUCCCAGAUUAUUGGUCCAAACUAGAUAAAGAAAAAUUUUUUAGGAAGGUGGUGACAUUUUUCUGGGAUGACCCGUAUCUGUUCAAAUAUUGUCCUGACCAAAUCAUUCGUAGAUGCAUCCCUAAUCAUGAAACCAGUGGUCAGGCUGAGCUAGCUAAUAGGGAGAUUAAACAUAUCUUAGAAAAGACCGUUGCCACCAAUCGCAAAGAUUGGUCUUUGAGAUUAGUAGACGCUCUUUGGGCAUAUAGGACUGCAUAUAAAACGAUCUUGGGAAUGUCUCCAUAUAGAUUAGUGUAUGGUAAACCUUGUCAUCUUCCUGUGGAAAUUGAACAUAGAGCAUAUUGGGCAAUUCAAAGAAUCAACAAAAGUUUGAUCGAAGCAGGCUUCUCUAGGAAGCUCCAAUUAAAUGAGCUUGAUGAAAUAAGAAAAGAUGCAUUUGAAAAUGCACGACUGGCUAAGCUUCGCAUGAAAGAGUUGCAUGACCGACGCAUCAUUAGGAAAAGCUUUCAUGUCGGGCAACAGGUACUUUUGUAUGAUUCUCGAUUGCAUUUAUUCCCAGGAAAAUUAAAAUCAAGAUGGGUUGGCCCCUUCAUAAUCAAGUCCAUCUCGGAAUAUGGGGCUUUCGAAAUUGAAAAUCAAGAGUCAGGGCAAUGCCUUAAGUACUAUCCAUCUCUCCCACAAAAUGAUUUAAAAAAGAUUUAUGCCACUAGGUGUGAAAGACUUCGGAUGUUGAUGUAUAAAAAUAUCCCUGAGGAUAUUCGCUGGUUAAUUGAAGCAAAAGUUCGAUUUCUUGGCAUUACUUCCAUAAAUCGAGAUGAUAAAAUUUGUUUCAUAAAGGAUGGGCUGAGUAAGGAGUCUUUGGAUGAUAUCCGAUUGACUCUUGAGACGCAUCCGUGUGGAAUAGUGCAACGAGAAAUUCUUGCUUUAUGGACCCAGUUUAGAAGUGACCACCAACGCUAUAGUCUUGGGAAUCUGACUAUAAUUGACCCUGUUUGCCAAUCUAUAAGAAAAUUGGAUGGGAAGCCUAUCCCCGCUUCAUAGAAGGUGUUUAAGCCGUUUCUGGACGUAAAACCAGAGGAAGAUGUGAGCCACAAUCACAACUACUUGUAUAUACGCAUGAUUUUUGUUUAUGUUUAUUUAUUGUUGAAUUUCUAUGUAGUUACUUUUGAUUGCCAAACCUCUUUAACCAGUUCUACUUUCAGGGCAUACAUAAAGAACUAACAUAAAUGGAAGGCCAGCCAGUUCGUCGAAUCAAUACCAUAUGUGUACUAUGUGGCUCUCAACCUGGGAGCGAUAUUUGUUACACACUUGCAGCAAGCGAACUUGGCAUAAAAUUGGGAGAGAGAAAAAUUAAUUUGGUCUAUGGAGGGGGAAGUCGUGGAUUGAAUGGAUGUGUUUCACAGGCUGCACAUCUUGGGCAAUCAUAUGUGGUAGGUAUUAUGCCAAUCCCUUUGGCUGAUCCACAGAUUUCCGGGUACACACGAGGUCAACUUAUAAGAACGACUUCUAUGUCUGAGCGCAUGGCUUGUAAGAUUUAUCAGUCAGACGCCUUCAUUGCUUUGCCAGGAGGUUUUGGUACACUUGAAGAAAUCUUUUGUAUAAUCUCCUGGGCCAAGAGCAAUCUCCAUACCAAACCCAUUGGACUUUUAAAUAUUAACCAUUUUUUUGAUGGGUUGCUCUCUUUUCUUGAUCAGGCUGUGGAACAAAAGUUCAUUUCUCUUUCUGCAAGAAAUAUUCUCAUUUCCGCAUCCACCAUUGAGGAGCUACUAGAUAAAUUACACACUUAUGUUCCACAGCAUGAUCCUUACGAGCCUCAGAUAGACUGGUCUAAGGUAAUU